GAAUUAGGUUAUUUUGUUUUGUUACUGCUUGACUAGUGAGUGAUCGUAGAAUUUCAACUGAAUUAAUUUCUUUAAUGUGUUUUAUCGAGAAUGUCUGAUUCCAGUAAGGCCAAAAUUUACUGGGGAGGCAAAACUGUUCAUCAAAACAGUGACACAUAUUGGAAUAAAUAUCCCCUAAAGCCUGGGGAGGAGCUGUAUGAGAGAAAAAGUGGAAGUUUCUACUAUCCUCAAGACUCAGACGAAGAAAGGCGGCACAGCAAAAGGAGUAGACACGGUAGCGAUGAAGAGAGGCAAAAGAAAAAGAAGAAAAGGAAGCAUAGUAGUGAUGAGCCUAGCAAAAGGAGCAGGCACAGUAGUAAAGAAUCUAGUAGGAGAAGUAGGCACAAUAGUAGUGAGCCUAGCAAAAGAAGCAAGCAUAGCAGUGUAGAACGUAGCAAAAGAAGUAGACUGAGCAGUGAAGAACCUAACAAAAGAAGUAGACAUAGCAGUGAAGAACCUAGCAAAAGAAGUAGACACAGUAGUGAAGAGCCCAGCAGAAGAAUUAAACGUGAAAGCGAUGAAGAAAGAAAAAAGAAGAAGAAAAAGAGGAAGCACAGUGACGAUGAACCCAAACACAAAAGAGGUCACCGGCAAGAUGAACCCAAGAAAAAUAAGGACGAACCAAAAACCGUUGAUACUCCGAAAGAAGUUAUCACAGAAGAUCAAAAGAAAACAGUUGAUUUGUUAACAUCAAAGACAGGUGGUGCCUAUAUUCCGCCAGCGAAGUUGAAGAUGAUGCAAGCCAGUAUAACUGACAAAGCAAGUGCUGCGUAUCAACGAAUAGCUUGGGAAGCCUUGAAGAAAUCUCUCCAUGGUCUAAUCAACAAAGCCAGUCCUCAGAAUAUUUGUAUCAUCGCUCGGGAAAUUUUGCGAGAAAAUGUCAUCCGUGGUCGCGGAUUACUCUGUCGAUCGAUAAUUCAAGCUCAGGCUGCAUCACCGACCUUCACCAAUGUUUUUGCUGCCCUUGUAGCGAUUAUUAAUUCUAAGUUUCCUAAUAUUGGGGAGCUGCUUUUGAAAAGGUGUAUCAUAAGGUUUAAACAAGGCUUCCAAAGAAAGGAUAAAUCCACUUGUCUUGCUGCUGCAAUAUUCAUCGCUCACCUUGUCAACCAGUGUGUGGCCCAUGAAAUUGCAGCUCUAGAACUUCUAACUCUACUUCUGGAAACGCCAACAAAUGACUCUGUGCAAGUGGCAAUUGCGUUUUUGAAAGAGUGUGGUCAAAAGCUCUCAAUUGUCUGCAAGAGAGGUCUUGAUGACAUAUUUGACUUGUUACGUGACAUUUUACACCAAGGAUCUCUUGAAAAAAGAGUCCAAUACAUGAUAGAAGUCAUGUUCCAAGUUAGGAAGGAUGGUUUCAAGGAUCACCCGACGAUACCUGAAGAAUUGGAUCUCGUAGAAGAAGAAGAUCAAUUCACACAUGUACUUAGCUUAACGGAAGACAAGCUAGAAGGCCAAGAAAUCUUGAAUGUGUUUAAAUUUGACCCUGAAUAUGAGGAAAAUGAGAAAAAGUAUGAAAAUCUUAAGAAAGAACUAUUCGGCUCUGAUGAUGAAUCUGGAGAAGAAUCUGGAAGCGAAGACGAAAGUGGGUCAGAUGAUUCUGAUGAUUCGGAAGCAGCGGAAGAAAAAAAGCAAACUAUCAUUGACAAUACAGAAACCAAUUUAGUAGCACUUCGUCGGACGAUUUAUUUGACAAUAAACUCGUCUCUUGAUUUUGAAGAAUGUGCACAUAAGCUAUUGAAAAUGGAGCUCAAGCCUGGACAAGAGAUAGAAAUGUGUAACAUGUUCCUAGAUUGUUGCGCGGAGCAGCGUACUUACGAGAAAUUUUAUGGUCUCUUAGCAGAACGUUUUUGUCGGAUAAAUCAAAUCUAUGUGUCACCGUUCGAGAAAAUAUUUGUCGACAGCUAUGCCAUUGUCCAUCGAUUUACCACAAAUAAACUCCGGAAUGUCGCAAAAUUUUUUGCACAUCUUCUCUUCACAGAUGCUAUAUCUUGGAAUGUUCUAUCUACUAUCCACCUCAAUGAAGAAGAAACUAGUUCAUCAAGUAGAAUAUUCAUCAAAAUUUUAUUCCAGGAGCUGUCAGAGUUCAUGAGUCUAGCCAAAUUAAAUGACCGCAUCAAGGAUCCGACAAUGCAUAUGGCAUUUGAAGGUUUGUUCCCUAGGGAUAAUCCAAAAAACACUCGCUUCGCCAUCAAUUUCUUUACAUCCAUUGGUUUAGGAGGACUAACGAAUGAACUUCGAGAACAUCUGAAAGCACAACCGAAGCAAUCGAACGUUAAUAAAAUUAUGGAGGCUCUCUCAGCAUCGAGUUCUUCUUCAUCCUCAUCAUCAUCGGAUUCUGACUCUGAUUCUAGCUCUUCGUCAAGUUCAUCUGACUGAACUUCAUCUCUUUAACUCUCUCCAAGUUUGCGCAAAUUUCCUCUUUUUAUAAAUCUUUUUUCCAACCUAAUUUUGUGUGAAAGUAGUCAAAUAACAUGUGUGAAGUUCAAUGAGGACCAGAAUAAAACAUUCAAAGGAAAAACCAUAAAAUCCUACUGUGUUCAAGAAGUAGAUCUCUUAUCUUUGAAGAAUUCAAUGUUAAGAGCUUGAAGUUUAUUAGUUUUUCUGAAAUGUCCCUCCAUUGUGAAACUUUAUUUAGUAUGUAGAUUCUUUCUCACAUGAUUUCAAUCCCUGUUGAGUGUACAAAACUUCUAAAAUCGAGGUAGGAAGUUUGAUUGUUUUACCACCAAAUUUCCCUGUAAGUACAUAAUAGCUUUUGUCGAACUAUAGAUAAUCAAAAUUAAAGUUUCACUUGGUCCUCAUAACAACUUUAAAGAAGAGAUGUUGAGUGUUGUAUGUUUGUAAGUACUUGUAGACCUGUGUGGACUGUAUGUUUUCAUGGACAGUGGAUACGAUUUUAUCCAUAGUUUAACUAGAACCCACUAGUUAUUGUUGCCUUAAAGUGAUUUUUCUCAGCUGUGAUUGAUCUCGGCAAAUGCUGCUUGACUGUGUAUAGUUUAGGUUUUCUCAUUGUAUACAUCAUUGAAUCUUUAUGUUGUACAGAAUUAUUGCCAACUUUUACUUUUUAGAGACGUGUGUACAUAUUGUGAAAUAAAUUUGUAUUUUCAUCCUACUG